UGGACGAAUCAAAGACAUCGGUCACCGCCAAACACCAGUUCUCAGACGCCGAUGAUUCGGACGGUAUGGACGAAGACGAGAUCGACGAAGAGGACGAAGAGGACGAGGAUUACGACGGAGAUUCGACUCCGAAACUGCGUUCGAGGAGCACGAGUCCUCAAUCGUGUGGUGUCACGUCUUUAUCCGUCACCUCCACCAUCCACGGAUACUCAAAGUCUACGGACGAAGACUCGUUGACGAUGCUUUCUCCGGAUCAAACCAGCUUCCUGUUCGACCCGUACACUUCCUGUCUGCUGUCUCCAGGAUGGGAGUCUCCGAUCAGAGAACCGUCUCCAUCUCGUCUUCGUUAUCCGUCCCCGAUGAGGGAACUUUCCCCGAGAGGACGGUCUUCCCCUCGUUGGGAUUCCUCUCCGUUGAGGCCCAGUUCUCCCAGUUUCUCCCCCGUUCAGAGGCCCCUCUCCCCCGGGGAGGCGUCGGCCAGAGGGAGGCAGAGGGUUGUGCUCAGAGCGGUUUCUCCACGCAGAGGAUCGCAUCAACAUCAACAUCAACAUCAAUACAAGGGGGAGAAGAGCCGAGCGCAGGCCAUCAAGAUGGAGAUGGAGAAAGGACACUUUGAAAUGGAGACGGAUCAGAGGAGCAGCUUGUCGCCCCCCAAAAACCUCCUCAGCCACCUUCCCCUUCACUCCCAGCAUUCGACCCGCUCUCUUCUCCCAUUGGUUCCCAUUGGAGGACACCAGAUGUUACCCUCCACCUCCACACCUCCACCUUCCUCCAGCCCUGAUCCCCCCCUCUCCUCGGCCCCGACGACCCCCAGCAGCGAGGGGUCGUUCCUGGGCAUCGAAUCUGCAGUGGAAGACGCUGGAGGAGAAAAUAACCCGGGGAAAAACCCAGAACAGGAAGUACAAACUUGCCUAAACGCCAUCGCCUCGCUGAAGAUCACCACAGAGGAACCUCACUGAGAAACUCAUCUCACUCUCAUCUUUAACUCUAACCCCCUCAGAGGAUCUUUAUAAACGCCCUCUGGUGUUGCACAUCGCUCCGUUUGACGAGGAGAUUGAAACAGAAGAAGAAGAAGAACUUGAAACAGAAGAACCGGAAACAGAAGAACCGGAAACAGAAGAACUUGAAACAGAAGAACCGGAAACAGAAGAACUUGAAACAGAAGAAGGAGAACUUGAAAAGGUGCCGAAGGAGAACCGGAGAAUCAUUGCUGGGUGCAGGUGCAAUACGGAAAGAUAUUAUGCUAAUAUGCCUUUGUCUGACAUAGUAGUUUGCAUACAAUUGCACAUAAAUUAUAUUUAUGGAUCUGUACGAUACUUAUACUCCUUCUUAGAUGCAUACGAAUAUUUGACUGUAUGUGUACUUUGAGAAUAGACUGUUGUUUAAUGUAAUCAUAUCGAGGUGUGAUGCAGUAGUGCAGUAACUGAACACUAUUUAUAUAAGGGGAAAUGUGUAUUAUGAAACAGUCUGACCAAAUUUGAAGUAGACGCUUUCCUCGUGCGGUUCGGUGCUUCGGAAGCGGCGGCGAGCGUCUGUGCCUUUACUUUGCUUUUCAUCUUUUAUUUAUUUAUUAUGGGAAGAAAGCUCUUUGUUUCUCGUGCCGUCGAUCCGGCUGCAGCUUGAUUUAUUGUGAAACAAUCUUAAAAAAAAAAAGGAGAAACAGAAAAGUUUCCUCUGUUGCAUUUUUCUAAAUGUCGUGGUUUUUAUCUUGGUAAAAAAAAUGCAUGGAAUUUGCUAUUGCACAAAAAUAGAUAAGAUGUAAGAUGUAUUUAUAUAUUAGAACGUGAGCACUUAUUGAGAUAUUUGACUACUAUUUAUAUGGUAUAUCUGUACUUAUGCAGCCGUUUGAGCCACGUCUUUGCUUUGGUUACGUUUUUCUCUCACACACAAGACCAGAAGCGUUUCAUGACGAUGCACUUUCAUGCUUUCAUCUUGAAAAUAAGGGAGUUUUUAUUUGUGUUCAUUUUUUAGAAACAUUCCAGUUUUCUUUCUCAUUUUGUGAAACUUGUUGCACAAAAGUUCAAGGGGCUAUGAUGAUCAGUGGACGGUCUGUUGUCUUGCAUUUAACUGCAGAAAUCAAUAUCACUUUACUGUAAGGUAUACGUUAGUGCUGAUCCUGCACCAGAUGCAUUACUCUGUACAUAAAGGUGUAUUUCUAUGAUUUAAAGUAUUUUUGCAGUGUUGAAACUUUUUAUGUGGAUGUUUAUCUCUUUGAGAGGUUAAAGGUACGGUGGCCCACAGGUGCAAACACUUUGCAAUGACCUAGAUAUAAAAACCCAAAGGUUCCACAUGAAGAAACAUCUUCAGCAACUUGACAACACAUGCAGCGUUUAGAGAACAUUCAGCAGCU